AGUAUAUGUAUUCAUCGCCAUCGUUGGGCCAUUUUUUUCUUCUUUACCUGCCCGACUCGCCACGUCCGAUCCAUCUCGGGCUCCCCUUUCCUGACUCUUUUUGAUGUUUGUUGUACAUCGAUCUCCCUAUAUCUUUUCUUGUUGCAGGAUCUGUGUGCUACGACACGACAUUGGGGGUGGGCAUUGAUUGACUUCCCUCUCUAUCUCCCGAUCGUGCAGAUUAUUACCCCAGACUUGGGAUCGAAACCCUGUCAACGAGGUUGCAACAAACCCUCAUUCGAAGCCCCCACGGCUAAUGCCCCUCUCCUCCCCUCCCCUCCCCUCGCUGUCCUCCUUGUGAAAAGUAGCAGUAAGAGACAAGAGGGCCGACCCCAAUUGACAUCAUGGCCUUGGCGACGACCACCACCAUCACGGCCGACGCCGCCGCCGCCUCCACCGCCAAGGAGUGCUCCGGCCCCCCGAAUCCACAGCCGCCGCCUCCGCUGCAGUGCCUGUCCGAGACCGAGACCGAGUCCCAGACCCAGUCACAGUCGGGGAUGCCAUCACCAUGCCUGGGGGAGCGCAUGCCGUGCGGGAGACUCAAGACAAAGCACGACGCGGGCUGGCGGCACGUCGUCCGCAACUUUACGCCCUCAUGGUUCGCCGUCAACAUGGGCACGGGCAUCGUCUCGGUGCUGCUGCACAACCUGCCCUGGAACGGCGCCUGGCUGCAGUACGUCUCGUACGUCUUCUUCGCCGCCAACGUCGGCCUCUUCGUCGUCUUCCUCGCCAUCUCGCUGCUGCGGUACACGCUGUACCCCGAGAUUUGGCGGGCCAUGAUCUCGCACCCGGGCCAGUCGCUGUUUCUCGGCUGCUUUCCUAUGGGCUUUGCCACCAUCAUCAACAUGAUGAUCUUCUGCUGCAGGCCAUGGGGUGACUGGGUCGUCCACCUCGCCUGGGCCUUUUGGUGGAUCGACGCCCUCCUCUCCAUGGCCACGUGCAUCACCAUGCCCUUCAUCGUCAUGCACCGCCACAAGCCCGGCCUGCACAACACCACGGCCGCCCUGCUGCUCCCCAUCGUGCCCACCGUCGUCGCCGCCGCCACGGGCGGCAUCGUCGCCGAGGCCCUGCCCGACCCGUCCCACGCGCUCGCCACCCUCGUCGCCUGCUACGUCCUCUGGGGCAUCGGCCAGACCCUCUCCGGCUGCGUCCUCGCCCUCUACUUCCACCGCCUCACCGUCCACUCCCUGCCCCCGCGCGAGGUCAUCGUCUCCGUCUUCCUCCCCAUCGGGCCCCUCGGCCAGGGCGGCUUCGGCAUCCAGCAGCUCGGCAAGGUCGCCCUCGCCGUCCUGCCCCAGACGGCCGUCUUCCGCGGCGUCGGCGCCGACGUCGACGUCGCCCGCGCCGCCGAGAUCCUCUACGUCCUCGGCGUCUUCCUCGGCCUCGUCAUGUGGGGGUUCGCCCUCGUCUGGACCAGCUUCGCCUUCAUCAGCAUCGCCACCAUAAAAGACUUUCCCUUCAACAUGGGCUGGUGGGGGUUCACCUUUCCGCUCGGCGUCUGGGCCACGUGCACCAGCUUGCUGGCCGUCAAUCUCGACAGCGACUUUUUCAAAGUCUCCACCAUGAUCAUAUCCCUCGCCGUCGUCGCCCUAUGGUUCAUGGUCGCCGCCCGGACCCUGCAUCUCGUCGUCACGGGCGACAUGUUCUUCGCCCCGUGCUUGCAGGACAUUCGCGAGAAGGAACAGGCCGCAGGCGGCGACAGGAGGGUAUGAGCAGCCGCACCCAGACGCAGACGCGCGCGGCUUUGUUUUACAUGCAUCAUCAUCGCCCGAGCUGAAUCGGACGCGCAAAGUGAGGGAGGCCUAACAUCAUAUCGUAGUCAGCGGCAAAUUGACCACUGCAGAGGAGAUGGGUAUCGAGGAGAAAAAAAAGUUGUGAGCGUUACAGGCGUGUACGGACGGUAAUUAUACCGAUGCAACUCGAGGCAUUUACACAAGGGCACCGGGUUCUUCUUAUCUGACAGACACUUUAGUACUAGGUAGUACCUGCCUAAAUAAGUACCCAAG